AUGGGCGGUGAAGGCUCGGCUGCUAGACGGCCAACCCGACCCGCUAAGUGCCGCCCGCAUACAAGUACUGCCCAGGUGCUGCCGGCUGCACGACCCGCUCGCUUACCGUACGCCCCAUCUCAUGAAGAGAACUUCAUGGAGAGGGAUUCUCAGGGAGAGGACGACAAAUUCCAACUUUCUCAUGCAGCUCGUCUGGCUGAGAAUACGUGA